CCAGCUCACCCACACCUGUCCGCAUCAUCACCAUCGCUGUCCUGCAGGGCCAGCAAGAUGCAGUUUGAGAUGCACGACAACGUGAAAGGCAAAGCCAUGUCCUAUCCAGUGACCAGUCAGCCCCAGUGCGCCAGCAGCUGCUACCAGACCCAGCUCAGUGACUGGCACACAGGACUCACGGACUGCUGCAACGACAUGCCCGUCUGUCUGUGCGGCACUUUCGCCCCCCUGUGUCUCGCCUGCCGCAUCUCGGACGACUUCGGGGAGUGCUGCUGCGCGCCCUACCUGCCCGGAGGCCUGCACUCCCUGCGCACCGGCAUGCGGGAGCGCUAUCAUAUCCAGGGCUCUGUUGGGCACGACUGGGCGGCCCUCACCUUUUGUUUGCCCUGCGCCCUCUGUCAGAUGGCGCGGGAAUUGAAGAUCCGAGAGUAAAGAAGCUCCCCGCGCCGCCUUUUCCACCUGUCCCGCCCGGGCCCCUCUGUCCUCUCUUCCCUCUCGAGGGAGGGCCUGCCCCUCCGCCCUAUCCCGCUACCAGAAAUACACCCACAAUAAAAACCUGAAAACCAA